AUGACCCGGGAAGUGAAGUCUACAGACAGAGACCUGACAUCCAUCCCGUCUGAUGGGUCUCCCGUCAACAUGUGCUCUGAAUGUUACAUCAACCAGACAUUUGUCAACGAUGAUGGAACAACAAACGAUCACAAAACAAGCUCCACCCCGGUUUCUCCCCAGUGCGACCCCUUCAAAAGCGGGAUCAUCUUGGACACCUCCACCCUGGAGAGCCAGGUGCCCCCCCUAGCACCCCGCUUCCGCUUCAGGGACUUUCUUCUUGGAGACCAGGGCUUCCAGAACAACGACAGGGUCCAGGUAGAGUUCUACGUGAAUGAAAACACCUUCAAGGAGCGCCUGAAGCGGUUCUUCAUUAAGAACCAGAGAUCCAGCCUGAGGAUCCGUGUGUUAAACUUCUCCCUGAAGCUGCUCACCUGCCUGCUGUACAUCAUCCGAGUGAUGACUGACAUGCCCAUCCAGGGGCCCAGCUCUGGCCAUAUCCCAGGACAACCCGUAUCUACCAAAUGCACGGACUGCCCGCCGAACGGCUCCGCAGCGGACAUCAACUGGGAACUCAUCUUCUGGGUGGAUCGCAAGUUUCCCGUUUGGGCCAUACAGGUGAUCGUGGCCAUCAUCAGUUUCCUGGAGGCGAUGCUUCUGAUGUACCUGAGCUACAAGGGCAACAUUUGGGAGCAGAUCUUUCAUGUGUCGUUCCUCCUAGAGAUAAUCAACACAGUUCCCUUCAUCAUAACGAUUUUCUGGCCUCCGAUAAGAAACGUUUUUAUACCUGUUUUCCUCAACUGUUGGCUGGCCAAGUGCGCUCUAGAAAAUAUGAUAAAUGACGUCCACAGAGCCAUUCAGAGGACCAACUCAGCCAUGUUCAACCAGGUCCUCAUCCUCAUCUGUACCCUGCUGUGUCUGGUGUUCACUGGAACAUGUGGGAUUCAACACUUGGAGCGAGCAGGGAAGAACCUGUCUCUGUUCAACGCCUUCUACUUCUGCAUCGUCACCUUCUCCACGGUGGGCUUCGGGGACGUCACCCCCCGCAUCUGGCCCUCCCAGCUGCUGGUGGUCAUCAUGAUCUGUGUGGCGCUGGUGGUGCUGCCUCUGCAGUUUGAGGAGCUGAUCUACCUGUGGAUGGAGAGACAGAAGUCAGGCGGGAACUACAGCCGCCACCGAGCCCAGACGGAGAAGCACGUGGUGCUGUGUGUCAGCGUGCUGAAGGUGGACCUGCUCAUGGACUUCCUCAAUGAGUUCUACGCCCACCCAAGGCUGCAGGAUCACUAUGUGGUGAUCCUGUGUCCCGGUGAGAUGGACGGCCAGGUGGGCCGGGUGCUGCAGAUCCCUCUUUGGUCCCAGAGGGUCAUCUACCUGCAGGGCUCUGUUCUGAAGGACCAGGACCUCAUGAGAGCCAAGAUGGAUGAUGCUGAGGCCUGUUUUAUUCUGAGCAGUCGCAAUGACGUGGACCGCAUGGCUGCAGAUCAUCAAACGAUCCUGAGAGCGUGGGCCGUGAAGGACUUUGCUCCCAGCUGCCCUCUCUACGUUCAGAUACUCAAACCAGAAAAUAAAUUCCAUGUCAAGUUUGCAGACCACGUGGUGUGCGAAGAGGAGUUUAAGUACGCCAUGUUUGCUCUGAACUGUGUGUGUCCUGCCACCUCCACCCUGGUCACCCUGCUGGUGCAUACGUCCCGGGGCCAAGAGGGCCACCAGUCUCCAGAACCCUGGCAGAGGAUGUACGGCUGUUGCUCUGGCAACGAGGUCUACCACAUACGACUGUGCGACAGCAAGUUCUUCAGAGAGUACGAGGGGAAGAGCUUCACCUACGCCUCGUUCCACGCCCAUAAGAAGUACGGAGUGUGUCUCAUCGGCAUAAAGAGGGAGGAGAACAAAAGCAUCCUGCUGAACCCGGGGCCGCGCCACAUCAUGGCCGCCAACAACACCUGCUACUACAUCAACAUCACCAAGGAGGAGAACUCCGCCUUCAGCCUCACCCAGGAGGAGAGGAAGGGCCGAACGGCCAGGGGCCUCUACGACGGACCCUCACAGCUGCCCGUGCACAGCAUCCUGGCCAGCAUGGGUACUGUUGCAAUCGACCUGCAGACCACCCGCCCCCCCGACCCGUCCACCAGUAGCCCGGCCCCCCUCACGGUGAACGGAGCCGGGGGCCGGCGGCCCAGCAUCGCGACCGUCCUGGAGAUCGCAGACUCCGCCGCCAUCCUACCAUGUGACCUCCUGUCCGACCAGUCAGAAGACGACUCCAGCUACUCUGAGGAGAAAGGCCCCCGUUUGACUGAGUAUGUGAAAGGUUACCCCCCUAAUUCUCCCUACAUCGGCAGCUCCCCGACUCUGUGCCAUCUGCUGGCUGACAAGGCCUCCUUCUGCUGCCUGCAGCUGGACCAGGGUUGCGGGCACAACGCCUUUGAAGAUGCAAAGGCGUAUGGUUUUGAAAACAAGGUCAUUAUAGUUUCGGCCGAGACGGCGGGCAACGGCCUUUAUAACUUCAUAGUGCCUCUGAGGGCGUACUACCGGCCCCGCAGGGAGCUCCACCCCAUCGUACUGCUGCUGGACAACCCUCCAGAAAAACAUUUCCUGGAGGCCAUCUGCAGUUUCCCUAUGGUGUAUUAUAUGGCUGGGACCAUAGACAAUCUGGACAGCCUGCUGCAGUGUGGGAUCCUGUACGCUGAUAACCUGGUGGUGGUGGACAAGGAGAGCACCAUGAGCGCUGAGGAGGACUACAUGGCCGACGCCAAGACCAUCGUCAACGUGCAGACCAUGUUCAGGUUGUUCCCCAGUCUGAGCAUCAUCACAGAACUCACACACCCCUCCAACAUGAGGUUCAUGCAGUUCAGAGCCAAGGACUGCUACUCCCUGGCUCUCUCCAAGCUGGAGAAGAAGGAGCGCGACCGAGGCUCCAACCUGGCCUUCAUGUUCCGCCUGCCCUUCGCAGCGGGCCGGGUGUUCAGCAUCAGCAUGUUGGACACCUUGCUGUACCAGUCUUUUGUGAAGGACUACAUGAUCCUCAUUGCCAGGCUGCUUCUCGGUCUGGACACCACUCCGGGAUCAGGGUAUCUUUGUGCUAUGAAGAUCUCUGAGGAGGAUCUGUGGAUCAGGACGUAUGGGAGACUUUUCCAGAAGCUCUGCUCCUCCAGCGCUGAGAUCCCGAUUGGGAUUUACAGGACGGAAUACCACAUGUUCUCUCCCCCGGAGUCCCAUACGUCAGCGAAGCUGAACCCCCAGGGGGAGGUGCCCAUGGAGAAGGGUGGGGAGGAGUGCCGUGGUGCCGACCGCCCGGAACCCCUGCGGAGGAAGAAGAGCAUGCAGUGGGCCCGUCGGCUGAGCAAGAGGAGCCCGCGCUGGCCCUCGGGGCCCCCGGGGACCCGGCCGGCCCCGGACUGCGGCCAGCGCAUGGCCCAACAGCGGUUCACCUUCUACCGCCGCUCUGAACGCGAGGAGCUUUCCCAGCUUGUCCGCAACCGCAUGAAGCACCUGGGCCUGCCCACCUCGGAGUAUGAUGACAUGGCUCAUUUGACAGGCAGUGAUGUCAUGAACAGAGUCAACUUGGGCCACUUACAAGGCGAGCUGCGUGACCAGCAGAACACUCUGUCCUAUGUUCUGAUAAACCCCGCCCCCGACACCCGGCUGGAGAUCAAUGACAUCGUGUACCUGAUCCGGCCUGACCCCCUGGCCCAUGUUCCUGAUGAACCCUCCGUCAAGAGCAGCAGUCUCAAGGAGACAUACGAGUCCAGCAUAGACGCUGCAGAGGAACUUCAGCUCUGA